AUGCACCUUUACCCGCCCCUAUCCUGCACCCGCCGCCGCAAUGGGCCGUCGCCCUCGGCCAAGCUCAAGUCCUCCAGACGACCGCCAUCCAGAUUUCGCAAUGCCGCGGCUGGUGAGGAAGGUGCUGUAGGUGCAGCACAGCCCUCCGCCAAGGCGACAACUGCCGCCUGGAACAGACCUCAGGCCAACACCGGCUGGGGGGAGGCCUGGACAUGGAACGAGCGAGAUGCAGACUGGGGUAGUGGCUGGCGCACUACAGAACAGGCGACAGCAGGAUGGUGGACGGGACAAUGGAAACAACAAUGGGACGGGCAGCAGUGGACUUGCCGUGUGCCGCCCCCACCUCCACCACCGGCAAAGAGACGCAGUGUUACUUCACCUGAACGCGCUGCAGGCCAGCAGGAGCGGCCUGACGGCGAGACUGUGAGUACAGGAUCCGGCCAAGAUCAGGCCAUGCCCUCGAUGCCCUCCACCUCCACUGGUCCUGCAACCCCUAUGGAAACACUACACACCGUUAAGGAAGAGCUCCCCAGUUCGGAGGAAGAAUCCGGCGAGCCAGCGGAUGCAAGUAGUGUCCCAAAGGCCGCUGCUCCACCUCCACUCACUGGACCUGUGCAGCACCAUGCCAGCCUGGACGAGUUGCCUAACUCCUCGACCUUAGCCACGGAGACAGAGGAUGCGCGAGCAUCAUCCUGCAAUACCUGCGCUCAGCCCUCGCAGCUGGUCGCCCUAACACCGCAUGCAGCAGGACAAGCACCUUUCGAGUCAAUCUGUGCGGACAACUCCACUGCCGAUGAGGUACGCUCCUCUACGCAACCAGGGCCACAGGGACUACCGCUACAGCAGCUGCCUCGUCAGGUUAAGGAUGAAGCUGGAGCAGGACCAAGGUCGCUUCCAACACCAUCGUUCCAUACCACCGCCAGCUCUGACACCUUCACGGACGAGAACACAGUGGAGACUACACCGCCAGACCUUGCCCGUCAAAGCAGCAGUGACAUUGAGGGGGCAGACACGAGUCAGUGCCCCGUUGUUGGCACGACAUGGACCUCUGAUCUCUCGCCUACCUCUCCGGCUGAGCUCGCUGCCACUCAUCAGGAAGAUGUGACCUCCCAGCCACUAUCUCAAGCUGAGCAACUGGCCAAACGGUCUACCAACAAGAUCCAAGGCUGGCAGGCUACAGGCACACCUGAGGCACCGUCCUCACCAUCCUCUGAUGUCACCAUUCCGGAGGAGCCUGGAACGGCAGCCUCGUCUUCUGUCGAUACCAAUCCGGCAUCGACCACACGUGUCACCAAUAAGAUGCAAAGGGGUACGAAGCUUACUCAUACAGCCCUCACUGCACACUGGCUGGGACAGGACACGAGCUUCAAUGAGAACACAUUCGAGCCCCUCUCAGCAUGUGCAGUCUAUUCUUUAUGGGGUAAAUUAACGCGCAGUCACGCUUGGGCACGUUGGAAGCUCAUGACAGGAACUCGGCGUGUCAAAGCCCUGCGAGAUUCAGUUGCGGCUGUCACACUGUCGGGGCCUGAGCUCACGCCUGCAGCACCUGGACGCAAUAACUACCACCCCAGACAGCAUCAGUGUUCGAUAUCCCAGCCAUGCGUCUCCCGCUUCCUCCGUAUGCUUACCCUUACCUGCUUUUACCCAUACCUGGCGCUCGGCACAUCUUCGCAAACCUCCAGUCCUGCUCGAGCGGCCAUAACAGAACCGUUACACAGCCCUGCUGCUAAGCGCUCCUACAAACGAGCUGUGAAGCGAGCCAGUCGUUUUGGAGUCACUACUUAUCUUGGUCGCACCUUCACUGCAAAACAGUUGAGAGCCCGCUACCAGCCAGAUAACGUGGACAGAAGUUCCCCCUCCCCACUGGUUGAGACCUCUGCACAUAACCUGCGCAUUCUGUACUGGAAUGCCGGUGGGCUACACGCAUCCAGACAUGCAGAGCUCAAACACUGGCUGCAUAUCCAGGAUGAACACACACGACCAGACCUAGUGGUCAUCACUGAAACGCACUGGCCCACCACAAUGGAAUACCCAGCCACUGACUGGCAGGCUGUCCAUACUGGUGCGGGCCAAUCACAAGGGGGGAUCCUUGUGCUCGUACACAACUCAGUAUGUCCGGCACACGACAUCAGAUACAACGAGCUAAAGCCAGGUCGAUUGUUACAUGUCCGAAUCUCGCUGCAGAAGCGACCUGCCAUUGAUGUCCUGGCUGUGUAUCAGCACGCUUGGAACCCCGAUGGUGGAGACGGCGACCGGCAAGCACGAAUCACCAGGUUGCUAGCAAACCGGUCGGACAUCUGGGAUCGUAUCUCUAAAUGGGCUCGCUCGGUUCCUGCUCGAAGUCUUCUUCUCGUCGCAGGCGACAUGAACUGUCCUUUGCAGAGGGAGACCACUCAUGUCGGAAGAGGAACCCCUCCGCUGCCGACAGGACAUCACUACAAAGAUCAAUUUCGUCUACAGGACCUAUUAAGGGAUCAUGGUUUAUGUGCAUUAAACACAUGGGGAAAAGCAGGGUCUCACUCAGUCACCUUUAAGCCACUUAAGGGCACAGGCACUCAAAUUGACUUUUACCUGAUGCGAUGCCGACAGACGACGCCCCAAGCCCUUUGUGCGAGCACCUUGCUGAAUUUUCCGCUCUUGCCCGAAACGGGGGUGUAUCAUCUCCCAAUCACGGCACGACUGCCGUUUCCAGUGGCACCUCGCAAAGCCAGCGAGAAGCAGGGCAACUCACUCAAAGCCACACAGGCACUCCUGAAUAAAUACCCUGAACUCCUCUCCACCUACCAAGCGCAUCUGCCGGAUCAUGUUUCGCCACAUCAAGACCUGACCAAAAUUAUGGCGGAUGCGUGGGCGAAUGCACUCGAUCAGUGCUGCGUGUCCCUUCAUCCCUCAGCAGCCCCUACAAAGAUUUCUGACUCGCCUGAGGUAGUCCAUCUUUGGCAACACCGACAAGAGCUACGAGCACUACAACGGGCACUCGCCACCAACCACGAUACCUAUGUUGGCACUCUUGAUCUUCAGGUCCAUAAACGUACUAGAGCCAGACAAGCGACGUCCAUGCUGCUUCGAGCAUGGCAGCAGGCUGUACGAUGCACUCGGAAGGCCAAGGAGCUUUGCAAAGCCAGCAGAAUCAGAAAGAAGCAGCACCUUGAUGCGCUCAUUAUGGAGGCCAGGAAUAGCAGUAGUCCCAUGACAGCCGUUCACCAAAUUCUGAAGCGCUAUGCACCAAAAGUCAGGCAAAAAAGACUGCAGCUCCGCGCCAGUCAAGGCCACAUCCUCACACCGCAAGAAGAAAUGCAGCAGAUUGUGGGACAUUUCAAGCAGGUCUACAAACAGCCGGACCUCGCACCACCAGGCAGGCCUGUUGAUCAGGCCGUUGUCUUUGAUCCACACAGUGUGCUCCUGGCGUUCAGCAAGCUGCCUAACAAGGCUCUUCCAUCACACUUCCUGCCUGCCCCACUUUGGCGAGCCUCAGCUCACCCGGCGACGCAGGUGUUCCAGCAGACCCUCGUGGCAGCCUACGACCGGGCAGAGCUUCUGCUACCCAAGGCCUGGCACGAAAUACAAGUGGCACUCAUCCCCAAACCGUCUAAGCCGGCAACUUCUGCUGACUCGCUGAGACCAAUUUCACUGCUAUCGCCGAUGGCCAAAGUUUUGGCAAAGCUAGUAGCGGAGGAGAUUCGGCCCAUAGUCCUGGAUGCUGCAACGCACAUCCCGCAAUUUGCAUACCUAGAAGGACGACAAACCUGUGACGCUAUCGACAGGGCUUUUGGCCAUUGCAGAGAAAUCCGGGAGCGUCGACAAAAUGCCACGGUCACCACCCGUGACCGGAGGGCGGGCAAAACUGCCCAAGUAAUCUCGGGAGGCAUCACGCUCUCACUUGAUCUACGUAAAGCCUUCGACAGCAUCCCCUGGCAAUGUCUGCAGGCAUGCCUUGAGCACUUCCAGAUACCCGCCCCGAUCAUUCAACUUAUUUUGUAUCUACAUGAGAACGCCACGUAUAUUUUCAAAACUCCCAGAGCGCAGGGCUCUGUGCUGGCGGGGCAGGGCAUCAGGCAAGGAUGCGGCUUAGCGCCGAUGCUUUGGACGCUUUAUUCCCUUUUUCUUGCAUCCAAACUUGACACUGCUGCGCCCUCAGCACUCAAAACUUUCUUUGCAGACGGUUUUCUUGCGCAAUGGACGAUCGAGACCUGGUCGGACAUGAAAAGUGUUCCCACGCAAAUUUCAAAAAUCAUUGAAGUCCUAGAAGAUCAUGGCAUGCAACUAAGUCCGGGCAAAACAGUGGUGCUCUACUCGCUCUGGGGCAAGCAGGUACACGCAUGUCUCAAGCCCAUGCUGUAUCAACAUGCCACUCUUGGCAAAUGCCUGCGAGUUGGGGCUGCCAACCUCAAGGGAAAGUCUUAUCUGUUGCCGGUUGUCAUGUCCCACGAGCAGAAAGUCUAUGGCACUGUCCUACGACAAUGGCGAGCUUUGGCUAACAACCUUCCUCACAUCACUGGGCUGUCCAAUGCGAACUUUUUAACAAAUUUCCACCUGUCUGACCCUCUGGAAGGCUUGGACGCUGCUUUAAUCAAAAGGCUUGAUAAGGUGGAAUCAGGGCCGCUAGCCCAACUACAACCGGCAGCAGUGAAACGAUGGUGGGAGCACCUCCGUAAAAUCACCAAUGAUCCGACUGUCACGCAGGCGGAAAGCAAAGUGCCCCCCAGAAAUCAGGAUGCCAGGCCCUCAGCUCCGUGUGAUGUUUGCGGCCUUACCUUUCCAAACGAGGCCACGUUACGCUGGCACAUCUCCAAUGUGCAUGUCAAGCUGACUAAGGAACAGCAGCAUGCAAAAGAGGCAGCCUUUCGCGAAAGAAAAGCCUCGCACAUGCAACAUGCGCAUGAUGGUAUGCCUACGUGUCGACACUGCAGGCAUGAGUACUCGUCCUGGCCGCAAUUUGCGGCACAUCACAACAGGCAGUGCUGCCCAGUACUGCACUUGGGCUGUACCCCGACCCUGCCUCCAUACCCACCAGACCCUGCACCCCUGCUGCAGGAUGAAGAUUUUCUGAAAACGACUCAGUCAGAUGAUUGGAAGCAGCUUGCACAGAAAAUCCGAGUCAUUGGGCGGUUGCACUAUUGUCCCUUCUGCAACCUUUGGAUGGCCAAAACCGCCAUGUUGCAUCAGCAUAUCAAAGCUCAACACGUAGAUGAAGCCGCUCACCUGGAUCAGUGUCAGCAUUUCCUGCUUACGCGAAAGGGUGUCAACUCCCCCUGCCAGCACUGCGGCACUCGGCACAAUCGUGCGGCUGUGAUGAUGGACGAGCUGACAAGAGGCGCCGCCGAAAUGGAUCUGUGGAAGUCCAUGAUGAACAAACCGGGGGAGGUGGGACACAAGCGGCAGGGAGAUCGAGCGGAGGACCUCAGUCGCCAGAAAGGUCGGCAGCGAGGAGAUCGGGGGAAAGGAAACCAGAGCUUCGCGAAGCAGGCCAGACAGGCCUCCGGGCCUUCUUCACUGGACCACGAAGAGGACGAUCCCCUGAGAGAGGCCGUGAAGCUCAUCACGACCCUGUCCCUCCGCCACGAGGAUGCACUGGCCAUCCACCGUCAGGACACCAGCUACGUGUUCUUCAUGAAGACCAGUCCGCCGGAGCUAACAGUACUCAGCGAUCUCAUGCGAGUCGGCUCAGAAUGGAAGGCCAAGAAGGAGCAGUCCCCAGCUCUAGUAACCCAGCCCUUGCGUGUGGUUCUCUUGGGCUGUCUCCUGGAGGCGGUGACUACCAGGAUGCAAUCCCUGCAGGAUCCAACACUACAUGCCAAAGCACAAGCGGCCAAGCUGGUCAAUCAGGCGGGCGACUUUCACUACAUGAUGUGGGACGACACGGAGAAGGUAUACCAGAACAAGGACGAUCGAGAAUCAAUCCCCACGAAAGCAGUACUCGAGGACAUCGCAACCCUGCAGAGGCUGAUCCUACAGCCGCGAGUGGUAGGACGCUUUCAUGCCCAGAGGAAGCUCGCGCCGGACAUGCAGGGGGAAGUGGUACCGUUCGUUCUGGAGAUUGGUCUUCGCAAUCAGGCCUCACACGAAGUCUACCACCUGCUGGACAAGUACUGCCACCAGGCGAUCUGGCACCUGGCAGGCACGUCCCUGAGGCACGACAAACUGGGACGCGGAGCGUCGGCCAAUGCGCUGGAGAAGCUUGCAGAGAAGUAUAUGCCUCCAAAGCCGAAGAAGAAGCCCGAACGACCAGUGGUGGAAGGAAGAGAUUACAUUCCCUUGGAAGGGGGAGAACCAGACGGGCCAGUGGAGAUCGGGAGCGAAGGCAGCUGGAGAGACUCUCUGCACUCGCAGCAGAGACGGAAAGGAUCCAACGGCGAGCAAGGGAACGAGCCUUGCAGGAACCAGUUCGGUUUCCAAAGUCAGGAGGGCCACCGCCACCAGCGGGCCCAGAACCAGAGCAAGCUCCAGAGUGUCCACCGCCAGGAGAAGAACGAGCUCCAGAGUGUCCACCUCCGGACCCAAUGCCGAGUGGUACGAAACUUCCUCUUCACACGCUGGACGGGGAACCCAGCAACGCAGCAGUGGCGGAACACAUCCGCCGGAAUGAGGAAGAGUAUGCUGCAAGACGUGCCGGUGCAAUUCCUUCAGGAGACGAAGCAAGAGCCAGGGAAUCCAAGGAAUUUGCUCGUGGAGUUGCAUACUUUCGAGCCAGGUACGGCCAGCGAAGCCAAAGCAGUGGAACAGCGAGUUCCAGCCGAGACACGGGGCCUGGGACCCUACAACCCAGGACGGGGCCUGGGACCCUACAACCCAGGAUGGAAGAUGCGAGAAAUGAGCCAGGGAGCAGUUCCAGAGGACCACCUCCGAAGGAACGACCUGCUGGAAGCAAGGCGCCACCUCCAGAGCCAAAGGGACCACCACCGAAGCGAGUGGGAGCAACGCAAGCCACUACGCUCUACCCGAAUUCUCCUUGGAGGAGAACAGAAAGGAGAAGAAUGCGAGAAAGGGGCGAGGAGCCAAACCCUGGAAAUGAGGAAGAUGAAUGGGGAGAUUGGUCAGGACGAUGAGGUCGACUACCAGAAGGAGAAAGCAGAGAUCGACUACCAGGAGGAGAAAGCAGAGAUCGACUACCAGGAGGAGAAAACAGAGAUCGACUACCAGGAGGAAUCAAAAUUCUAUGGCCUAUGUACAAACAAGAGCCUCUACUCCGACAAGACUAUGAAUGGAGCAAGAGAUCCAUUGGUGAUGUGGAUUUGGACCAGCAUUCCAGGAGCAAAGAACCUCUACGACCCCAAGACUAUGCAAUUCGAUUACAAUGGAGCAAUGGCAAUGAUGCUUAUGCUUGGAGUAUCAGGCGCUUGA